AUGCCUACUUUGGUAUUGUUAGAUGUAUCCUUGUCAAUGUGCCGUCCAGCUACUAAUGAGCACAUUGAUACAGAAGGAAAUGACAAUGAAAUUUCGCGUAGACAGUUAGCACACCAAGGUUUGAGAGCCUUUUUUGAUUAUCUAGCGAAUAAUUUUCGUUUGGAGUUUACAAGUUUAGUAGUUUUUUCUUCAUUGUGGGAAGAAAUCGUUCCUUUCACACGCGAUUACGAGCUAUUGAAAUCGAAAUUAUCUAAAGCUGAAACUUAUGACAAAACAUGCUUUGCCUCUGCUUUCGAGGCAGCCAGAUCGGUUAUUUCAGAUGGUUGGGGGCCUUCUACACCUUUUCAUGUCAUAUUAGUCACCGAUGGACUACCUGGAGUGGGUGAUGGUAGCCUUCGUCAAUUUCUCGAUAGCCAGGAAGUGAUUACCCUGCCAUUCACUAGUAAAUUGCACAUUAUCUGCAUUUCUCCUCUAGAGGAAGUUGGAAGCAACCUCCAUUGGUAUAAACAACUCUGCGAUACAACUAGCAGCCACGGUGGCCAUGUCUACUUUCCAGAAAAACCACUUACACAGCAAUCAGUUGAAAAAGCUUUCAUGCAGCUUGCGGAGAAUAAUUAUAUGCCUUACAAGGGAAUUUUACAAUUUGGAAACUUACGUUCUAAUGUUAAUCUCGUGCCACCCCCCAUUAAUAUAAUGGGUUAUAAUUCCACGGAUGAUUACGACUUUCCUCCUUUCCCUUAUGAACUAAAAAUUUGCGGAUUUCUUGAUUCCGUGGAUGUUGGGCAGCCGCCUUGUAUAGCCAGGCAUUUGGUAUUGCCUUAUUCUUCACCUCAUAAUCUGGAUGAAGCUGGGGCACAUGACGCCUCAGGAAGCGAUAGUAGUUUUGAUGAUGCAGUCGUUGAUGAUAGUCAUACACCAUCAUUUUGUGUACUAUUACAUGGAAGCUUGAAAGUUGAGAAAAUGGUGGCACUCGUUAAAUUAAGUGACGAUUGGUUUGGCAUACUUCAGUCGUGGGCAGAUUCUAAAAAGAAGUCAAACUUGGUUUUGUCCAUAUUUGAACCUGCGAUUAAAUUGUCAUGGCUUGGUGAAUUAACCCAAUUAGGACCUUCUAUAGAUGAAGAUGUAAAUCCUUAUGUUACCGUCAAUGAGGAUGAAGAAGAGUCACCAUUUCCGGUACCUUUGGCAGGCUAUUUUAGCUAUCACCACCAAGGAUUUUUAAUCUGGACUAAAAAUUCGUUGCAAUCGGAUAUUCAGAAGACACUACGCUAUGCCAGAAGACUCCCUGAUAAAAAGCAGGCAUUUUAUAAGGAAGUCAACAAGCUGAGAAGAAAUGCUCUCGUCUAUAGUUUUGAUGGUGUCAUAGCUUGUAUUGCAAGUCUACUAUUAAAGGAAGCCGAGAACGCUACUUCCCAGCAAGCUGUUACAUUGCUGAAGCAUGUAGCCGCACACCUUCGAUCAGAAAAUGUUUAUAGUACGAUCGAGCCUGUACCAGUAUAG